AACCAAUCAAAGUCAUCGUACGAUUUAAACAGCGCCAUUUUCAAAGGAUAACGAGAAGCCAACAAUGGCGAGUGGUUCCAAGCCUCUCGAGGCUUCAAAGAAAGAGGACGAUGAUCAAGCUACUCAAGUAGUUUUGGUAGGGGAAACAACCCAAGAAAAUGAAGAUCUGCAAAAAGCUCUCAAGACUUUGGGUCUGAAAGCCCGGGAGUCUGAGACAGGAAUGGAUUAUAUACAAGCAGCCUCGGAAAUUGAGACGGUGUUUGUUCUGUCCGAGUUUGAGGGAGAUAUUUUUCGCAAUCUCUACAAAGCUGAGGCCAAUAUUGUGGGCCCACCUGUCAUACUGCACUGUGCCAAAGAAAAUAAGGAAGUACCAUGCCAUUCCAGACCCCUGUACUGUACCGCUAUGGAGGGAGUUAUUUUAUGUUUCACUGGAUUAGACAAGCAAGAGGCUAGGCCUCUUGCAGAACUGGUACACCAUAUGGGAGGCAGCAUACGUAGAGAGGUUUCUGCUAAAGUCACCCACCUCAUUGCAGACUGCACUGAUGGUCCAAAGUAUAGGCUUGCUAGUAGUUUGGAAACCCCUAUAGUGAAGCCGGACUGGAUCUACAAAGUAUGGGCAGACAGGGAUGUUGUUGGGAUAAAAGCCAACGACAAAAUGGUCCAAUACAGAGUGCCUCCUUUCUACAAAUGUUGCUUGUGUUUUUAUGGUUUUACGGAAGAGGAGAAGAAGCAUAUGGAGGAAAUAACUGUUGAAAAUGGUGGGAUAUAUGCUGAGAUUGGAGAUGAAGACUGCACUCAUUUAGUUGUGGAUGAUCAGCAGACACCAGAGCUCCCUAAAGAUUUAGUGCUACCUCAUUUUAUUGUUCGGGCUGAGUGGUUUUGGGGGAGCUUACAAAUAGAGGCUUGUUCGGAUGAAAGAUUUUAUCAAUUUCCAAAGGAGACAAAUACAGGGCCAGUGUUUACACCUGGUCGCUCUAUGUCUGGUUCCAAAUCCCGAAAAAGAAAGAGAUUAAAAGAGAACAUCGCCCAGCUGGCUGCAGAGGGAGAUCUUGACUCGCCAUUGUACAAACGGAGAUCCAGCAGUGAAUACAGUCGUAUCUCCAUGAGUCCAAGUUCAUUCUUGGAUGCUUCGAACACUCCGGAUAAAUCGGAUGUGUUGACUGAAACAAAUGACAAUGAAGAAAAGUCCAAAGUUAUGCCAUUAAAAUUAUCACCUAGACAACAGGUUGUCAUGGAAUUACUGCAAACAGAAAAGAACUAUGUUGGCAUAUUACACACCAUUUUAAAUGUUUUUAAAUCAGAAAUCGAGAAACCUAAUCAAUAUCACGGUGCUAUAUUGGCCUCCCAAGACACUAAGUUGAUCUUCGGUAACAUUCCCCCCAUCUACAAAAUACACUGUGAAAUCAAGGAGGAGCUAUUGGCUCUUAUAGAUAACUGGACGGAAGAGUGCUUGGUGGGUCAAGUCAUAUCAAAGCAUGCUGAGGCCAUGCUGAAAGCAUAUCCCCCUUUUGUGAAUUACUUUGAACAGACAAAGGAGACCAUAGCUAAAUGUGAUAAAACAAAUACAAGAUUUCAUGCCUUUCUAAAAGUAUGUCAGAGUAAGCCUGAGUGUGGACGUCAGAGUCUGACUGAGCUGUUGAUUCGGCCUGUUCAGAGACUGCCUAGUGUGUCCCUGCUGCUUGGAGAUAUUUUAAAGAAAACUAGCAGGGAUAAUCCUGAUUAUGAAAGACUGGAAAAUGCGAUAGAUUUACUCAAGGAAAUUAUGACACAUAUCAAUGAAGAUAAAAGAAAAACUGAUAACCAGGUUGUGAUGUUUGAUAUUAUGAAUGAAAUUGACAAUUGCCCUGCAACAAUACUUUCCUCCCAUCGAAGUUUUGUGAUCAAGGCUGAUGUUGUGGAGCUGUCGGAUGAGCUGUGUGGACGCAAUCUUCCCCUCUCCUUGUUUCUCUUCACAGAUACUUUAGAGAUCUGUAAACGGAGAACAAAGCACGGAAGUACAGCAAAGAGCCCGGCCCUGAGGAGGAGUCCGCAGAAACCAUACAAGCACCUCGGUCUGCUGCAGCUUAAGUCUGUCAAGAGAGUCAUCAACUAUAGGGAAUCUGAAGAUUGUCAGAACAGUUUUGGAAUCAUAUGCAAGUCACACACAGACGACAAGGACAAAUUAUUCAGCUUUAUGUUGGAUGAGGCAGACACCAACAAGAGCCACUUCCUGUCUUCCAUGGCCAGAUCAAUAGCUCAGACCAGGUGUUUAGCUGAUCAUGAGGGUCUGAUUGCCACAGUGGAGGGUCGAGACCUACAGAUUAACACCAAUGUCCUGAGUAGAAGUACUUUCAGCAGAGCUGCAAAAUUGGGUAAACGAGUGAGCAGGGCAUUUUCCUUCAACAAGACGCCGAGUCGGUUAAAGCGGGCAGUCUCCAGUGUCCUCAGUCCAUUCUCCCAUGAAAACAGUCACAACACCCUGACCGGAACUCCUCGCCGUGGUGAACUCUUCAACCGCCGGCAGGCCAGUUGUAUGGACCUCACUGAUUCCAUUUCCCUCCUGAGUAGUUACCCAAGCUCUACCACCUUAUACCACGAUGAUGACACAGUCAGUUUGGGGGCAUUUUCCAUCCACACCCCCAUGGAACAUUCCAACAUGAAUGACCACAACAGCAAGACCAUGAAGCCCCCCAGCUAGUCAGUAAAAUGUCAGGAAAGAGCAACAACACAAACUGUAACAAAUGAGGAAUAAGUAGUGUUGUUUUUGAGAAGGAGAUAGAGCGGUGCUCCACUUAGUAGUGUAUAUAUAUGUCACACAAGAUGAUGAGAAACGCCCAGUCUUCUCGUAAAAUAGUAGCUUCUCUGAAGGGAAAAAACCUGAUUUCCAUUUUCAGUGUUAUUGUAUUGAAUUAGAAACAAACUGUAUGAUAUUGUUGAAGAGUGAGAUCUGAUAAAGAAAUUGAAAGUGCUAUUUAUGUUACAAUUGUACAGAGAUUGGCACUAGCUGCAAUGUACUUGUAUAUUUGAAUGGGGUUUUCUUGUGCAAGGAAGAACUGACUGAAGUGAUGGAAAAGAAUUUGAAGUGUUUGUUUUAUGCAAUAAUUGAAAGAAUGCUUUAUUCUAUUUUAUGUAGAUCUGAUUGAAGUGGUUUUUCUGAUUUUUAAACAAAAUUUUAUAUAUAUUUUUUUUCUUUCUUUUGUUUUUCAAUACAAAUAAAUCAUACAAUUUCCUUCAAAAUAAUUGUACACAAAUGAUACACUACACAUGUAAUCAAACUCUUCGUGUUUGUUGUUUCUCAAAGUGUUACAUUAUUUGGAUUCAAAAUUAUUAAUGCCCAUUUCAGAAUUAAUCCAGUAGAUACCCCCAUUCUCCUACUGGUCAUAGAUGUAUGAAAAAUUAUCUUAAAGUACGAAAUUGCUUCUAAUGAGUCUGACUGAAGAAUCUUACAUGUUCUUAUCUUCCCACUUCAUCUGGUUGUAAGGUCACAUGAACUUUUAUCAAGUAUACAUAGUUUGAUGCUUAAGGACAAAUGUUAUGUGUGAAGAGCACUAGAAACUAGAGCAAGUGAGGAUCCAUCCCUUUUGAAUUGGUGUCUGAGAGAAUCUUGUCUCUCUCCGAUAAAAGUAUGUUUCCCAUCAUACAUUGCAUCAUUUUCAAGUUAGAAUGGCACUAAGGGCAGUUUGUGACUAAGACAGACCACUGGUUAUGUAACUUGUAGUGAACAUUUUGGAGACUGAUUUUAAUAGGAAUGACUGAAUCAGCUUGUAAUACAUGUACACAUACUAAGUAUCGUAAUUUCUGUUACUGUGUCCAUCUGGGGGGGGGGAGGGGGGAGGGGGGGGGGGGGGGGUUGAAAUACAGUAUUCCAAUAUACAUGUAGCAUUCCUAUACUCUGUAUUUUUGUAGACAUGAACAUUUUUGAGACCCCAAUUGCUUUUCUAUUCUGCAAUUGAAUAUUUCCUAGAGAGGAAAAAAAGUUUUUAUUUCUGUGAUAAAAUGAUUUAUUUUGCUUUAAUUUGGUUCAGUAUGCUUUACAGGAACACUUCUAAUUAUAAAAGAGCAAUGCUUUUUAAGGAUUUACAUGCGAUACCAGGCAUUUUACUCUCCCUAUAACCACAUGUCUCUCUGUUUCUGGUCUUCAUUGUAUCAUAUGUGUACAUUAUGUAAUUUAUGUGUAUAGUCAGCAUGUAGAACAGUUUAGAAUAAGGAGAAAGGUUGUGUACAAUGAAUGAAUGUGCCAUAGCACACAUCACUGAUAUUAAAGUAUGCUGAAACGUC